UGUGCUUAUCUCUAUUGACGUUUCUGUAAGGUUAAGUUGCCAUGCAACCAUUGCACAUGAGUUUUCUAAUUUGUUUCGAUUGAAGAAACGAGAAAUCUAUGUUGUUUUAAUAAAUAACACAAUUUAUGUCAGCGAUUAGUAAUUGUAAAAACAAAUUGUGCUACAACUUUUUGUGGAGAGGUUGACCAUCUAGAAAUGCUGCUGGCCAAAGGCUUUCCAGGCGUAUCAAUUACUGAUUGCUUUCCAGACAUCUCCCUAGAGGCAGAACCAGUGUUGAACAGGCACCGAUGAGUAGAAGUUGUACCCUGGGAACGGUCACUUGACACUUGGGUUUUCACCUGCUUCUCUGCGGUGCCGAUACCUGUGAUAAGACUACACGUGGCAAAGUUUUCUCAUAUGUGCCACGGGGCGAUAUCCCUUUUUUCCUGCCUCUUUGGACCGGCUGGCUUCUUGCUCAGAAGAAGGAUUUACCCUCGAGCGACCUCGCGCCCCCUGGUUUCAUGGAUCGACCGGGUCAUGGAGUCGUGCUACGACGAGGACCUCUCCGAGAACCCAUUCUUACAGGAGUUCCGCAAAGAACACAGCUGCACCUACGAGAAAGCCAUCAACGAGGGUUGGAUUAUCUGCGUGCCACGAUGCGGGAGCUUCACGAGGAGUUCCUUACGAGAAGACGACUUUCUGAGCCACGUGCUAAUCCCUACCGAAGAUCCAUCGAUGAAACGCUUUCACACUUUAGCUGGGAGGGAAGUCGAGUUAUGCAACAGAGUGCUAACCAUAAAGUACGAUACUGCCAAGCCUCGCUCUUCGCACCUUCUCUUUGAGGAGACCUUCUACACGGAAGAUCUGCACAAGUAUCGAAUAUGGUGCAUCGAGCAGCCUUUGGAGCAGGACACCUCGACCCCUGAAGAUAGGAUAUCCGUCGUAACGAAUCUCCGGGAGUGCAUGGACCUACUCUGGACGGAGAUCCUGGAGAAGAGCAUCUUGAAGGAGUUGGACCGAGCCAUCGAAGACUUCCAACAGGUACACGAGACUCUGGAGAAUGAGCCUCUGAGUGCCCAGCGAGACCUGGUGGGUACCCUGUACGCAAACGGGCUCAGAAUCGUCCUGAAGGACAGCAGGAUGAGGCAGAGGACGACCACCAGUCGACACAUCCUUAGGACGGUGAAAAUCUCUAUCGAGACCUACAUCCUGCAUGGAGUGCGGAAGCUGUUGCCCAGAUCAGUCUUCGCAAGGACUGCUUUCGAGGACGCUAACUUGAAUAAGAUCAUAAAGAACUUGAACGAACUGGAAUUGAAGGACCUAGGUAUCCGGCCAGACUUGUACGAAGGUGUUCUCAGGGGAAAGCAGGAGUUGGCGAGAUUGGACGGAUUUUCAACAGUUUUGGGGAAAGUCGGUUGCCUGAAGAGAGUGGUCCACUUCCUGUCUCAGGGCGAGGCGUCCGUCUCCUCGGACGACUUGCUUCCGGUGCUAGUGUUCCUCGUCAUCAGGGCAGGUCUCCCCAACUGGAUCGGCCAGUUGGCCUUCAUGAAGAAUUUCAGAUUUUCCUCGAACUCCACCUGCGAGGCCGACGAGGCAGGCUUCCUGAUAACUUCCCUGGAGGCUGCGGUAGAGCACGUCAAGUCUGGAAUUCUGACAGGACCUGCGAACCCAGAAGCCGAUAUCCCGGUGGACGAGUGUGCGGAUUCGAAAGUCGUUCCGAAGGACGAGGAGAUCUCACUGGGAUAUCUAUUCGAGCACGUGAGAAAGGGCGACCUGGCAGUGGUACGGCAGGUCUUGUCGAAGGAGCCUCCGGAACCUGAUAAUAGCAAGCUGUGCCACCCUCUCUGUUCCUGCGAGCUCUGCGAACAGCGAGUAACAGGGGAUCCUCAGCUGGGGCUUCCCACGGUCCAUUGGAGAGACGACAAAGGCCUAACCGCUCUCCACCUGGCCUGUUUUUAUGGUCACGCAGUUCUAGUGGACUUUCUGCUCUCGAAAGAGGCAAACGUCAACGACAUAGAUGCCGACGGUGCAACCCCAUUGCACUGCGCAGCCUCCAGUGGGCACCAAAACGCCCUGCUAUUGCUGCUCCAGGCGAAUGCAGACCCAACGAUAGCUGACACCAGAGGAAACACUCCGUUGCAUCUUGCAGCGGACCAUGGCCACGAAGCCUGUGUCAAGGCUCUGCUCCACUUCGCCGAGCACAUGAGGAUCCUCAUCGAGACCGAUGCGGCCAAUUGUAACGGGGACACCGCUCUCCACCAUGCUUCCAAGUGGGGCUACGCUGGGAUAGCCAAGGUUCUCCUGGAGUACGGAGCAGAUCAUAAGGUCAAAAAUCGCCAAGGUCACUCUCCACUAUCCGUAGCCCAUAGCACUCAUCUGGCAAGACUCCUGGAGUCCCAGACUCGCGACGUGACUCCUGCGAUUCCGGUCGAACGCCCAGAGUACCUUCCCAGCAGAGAGGAGUCCACGUCUUCCGGGUCGGCCACUCCUGAUUCUAAGGGAGAGCCUCAAGGCCGUCGAUUCCUGGAGGAGCGACUUCGCAGGACGGAAAGACUCCUGUCUGCUGUAGCCGAAGGAGAUGUUAGAUUAGCCUGCUAUUACCUAGGACUGGAAGGUCCCAGAAAGCCCUUCGAUCAAUGCCUGGAGCCAUCGACGGAUCUGUGCCAUCCUCUUUGCGACUGCCAGAAAUGCAUCUCUCAGGACCCCGAAGACUUCGAUGAACUUAGACAGCUUAGAGAGGGGAGGGAUAAGAGGGAGACUCCUGGUAAUUUCCUCAGGGUGAAUGCGUGCAACGAGAAGGGGGAAUCCGCUCUUCACGUUGCCUCUGCCAAUGGAUGCAUCGAAAUGGUCAGGUUGCUCCUGGAUGCCGGAGCUGACGUCGGAGCCAGGACCAAACUCGAUGGCCGAGUUCCUCUUCAUCUGGCCUGCCGAUCUGGGAGUCAUGAGGUCGCGAAACUCCUUCUAGAGUGUGGAACCUGCAACCCUGACGUGAAGGAUCUGCAGGGUGACACUCCGUUGCACCUCGCCUGUAGGACUGGAAACAAUAGGAUUGCUGAGUUGCUCGUAAGACAUGGCUGCGAUACCAGGAUCAGGAAUUCAAAAGGAUUGACUGCUCUGGAAGAGGCCCAUACUAAGUCGAUGGAUGUUGCCAAGAUCGUUGUCAAGGUCCUUGGAGCUGGACUGUGAUAGGACAAAGAGAUCUUAAGUACCUACCUGGAUCGAAGAGGACCAAGAAUGAUUCCGAAAGGCUGAGGACCCUUACGCAGAGGAGUGAUAGGCAAAUCACGGAAUAUUUAACUCGUAACCUUAGUGCUAGUCUUUGAGAUCGAUCAGGAUUUUUCUGGGAAGAAUCGACGUAGUCAUUAAUUAAUUUGUACAUAAAUAUAAAUUGUGCGAUAUAAUAAAAUAUGUAAUUUACAUUUCCUCAUCGUUGCUAGAUGUACAUACGUACAGUUAUUAUAUAUAUAUAAAAUUUAUAUUACGACUAAAUGUGGUUCGUCAAAUAUAUUUUGUA